AACUGUUUAUAUAUACAGUAAGUACAAGGACGCAUCAAUAUUAAUAAUUCAAUAAAAUGGGGAACUCAUUUCUAUGUGAAUCACACUGUUUUACAACCUUCAGCCAUCAGGCUGCACUGCGCGUCAUUUCACCACAAGGUGGAGCUCUGUUCUUAGAAAAUAAAUUGAAUCCAAUGCCAUGUGUCCUUCAAUAUAGGCUUGUAGACGAGUUGAAAAGAAGGAAAUCACAAUUGAAAUCUGGAUCAUUGCUGAUGAAGGAGAACGUACAAUGACGGAUGCAUUCAUGUGAAUUCCGUUGUACUCUUAUUUUUCAGCUUCUAUAAUAAAAUAAAAAAUAAACAGGCAAAUGUAUGAUUUAGAAAUGUAAAAUCAGUAAGAAAUACAUAAGAAAUUUAGCUAUGUUACACAUGGCAGUCCACCUUAAAAAAGAAAAUAAAAAGAAAAAACAGUCGACCUUAAAAACGAGGGCUGAAGGGGGCUCGGUCGCAUGACGUAUCCCCCGCUGAUUGGCCGCAUUGUCGAUGUAGCGGUUAUGCAAAUGAGCAGGUUGGGCUCGUGGAAACGAGUAGGUGACGUCAGUUCCCCCAACUCGCAGAGAGCGAAACAAACAUGGCGAUGGACUCGAGUGGACCGGGGUUCACGCUAACUUUACUCCUCCUUUACUGCGUUUUCGCGGGCGCCCGGGCCGAGGGGCCGGCGGCGGGGGCGGCCAGCGGGCCCCGGAUACUCGGCAUGCGGCUGGAGAGGAGCGACACGCCGGCCGGGACCACCGAGCGAGGAGUCAUCCAGGUAACCGAGGGCAGCGACAUCCUCUUCAGGUUCUACGGGCUCCACCUGCUGCCCAACACCUCGGCGCUCAUCAAGUUCACGGAACUCUACUCCAGCGACAAGGAGGACGACACCUUCGGCGCCCUGGCGUCGCCCGUCAACAGGACUUGUUCCGAGCUCACGAAGGACAUAGAGGUGAAGGGGUCCAUGGCGGUGACCAACCAGAACACCUCCGGGGUGGUCCAGCUCCGGAUCAAGCAGCUCCGCAAGAGCGAGGUGGUCAAGGUGUUCGGCGUGUGCGUGCGCGACACGCAGGAGAAGGAGGAGACGUACUACCUGAUGGACGACAGGGACGGCCGGGUGCGAGUGGUGGAGGUGGCCAAGUCCCUGCUGCCCACCUGGCUGCAGGUGAUCCUCAUCUGCUUCCUGCUGGUGCUGUCCGGCAUGUUCAGCGGGCUCAACCUCGGGCUGAUGGCGCUGGACCCGAUGGAGCUGCGCAUCGUGCGCGACUACGGCUCCGAGAAGGAGAAGAAGUACGCGGCGAAGAUCGAGCCCAUCCGCCAGAAGGGCAACUACCUGCUGUGCUCGCUGCUCCUCGGCAACGUCCUGGUCAACACCACCCUCACCAUCCUGCUGGACGACCUCACCAAGUCCGGCGUCGGCGCCGUGGUGGCCUCCACGGUGGGCAUCGUGAUCUUCGGCGAGAUCGUGCCGCAGGCGCUGUGCUCCCGGCACGGCCUGGCGGUGGGGGCCAACACCAUCAUGGUCACCAAGCUGUUCAUGCUGCUGACCUUCCCCCUGUCGUGGCCCAUCAGCAAGGUGCUGGACUGCGUCCUGGGCCAGGAGAUCGGCACCGUGUACAGCCGGGAGAAGCUGCUGGGGAUGCUGAAGGUCACGCAGCCCUUCAACGACCUGGUGAAGGAGGAGCUCAACAUGAUCCAGGGCGCCCUGGAGCUCCGCAGCAAGACGGUGGAGGACGUCAUGACGCCGGUGGGGGACUGCUUCAUGAUCCGCAGCGACGGCGUGCUGGACUUCAACACCAUGUCGGAGAUCAUGGAGAGCGGGUACACGCGCAUCCCCGUGUACGAGCACGAGCGCUCCAACAUCGUGGACAUCCUGUACGUCAAGGACCUGGCCUUCGUGGACCCGGACGACUGCACCACGCUGAAGACCAUCACCAAGUUCUACAACCACCCGGUGCACUUCGUCUUCCACGACACCAAGCUGGACUCCAUGCUGGAGGAGUUCAAGAAAGGAAAAUCCCACCUGGCCAUCGUCCAGAAGGUGAACAACGAGGGGGAGGGGGACCCCUUCUACGAGGUGCUGGGCCUGGUCACCCUGGAGGACGUCAUCGAGGAGAUCAUCAAGUCCGAGAUCCUGGACGAGUCGGACCUCUACACCGAUAACCGCAACAGGAAAAAGGUGGCGCCCAAUAAGAAUAAGAGGGACUUCUCCGCCUUCAAGCAGAGCGAGAGCGAAUCAAAAGUGAAGAUCUCCCCUCAGCUGCUGCUGGCCGCCCAUCGCUUCCUGGCUACAGAGGUGAGCUUGUUCAGCCCGUCUCAGGUGUCGGACAAGGUGCUGCUGAGGAUCCUCCGCCACCCCGACGUCAUCCAGGAGAUCAAGUUCAGCGCCGCCGACAAGCUCUCGGCCCAACACUACGUCUACCAGCGGGGAAAGCCUGUGGACUACUUCGUCCUCAUCCUGCAGGGGCGGGUGGAGGUGGAGGCCGGCAACGAGAACAUGAAGUUUGAGACCGGACCUUUCUCCUUCUACGGCGUCAUGGCGAUCAGCGUCCCCACCCUGGAGUUCCGCUCGCCGUCCCACCUCAGCGGGUUGAACCGCACGGCCUCCCUGAGCGGCGCCGACCGGACGGACUCGCUCUACGGCAGCAACGGCCAGCUCAACAGCGCCGUGCCGGCGCCGGCGGCGCAGCAGUACACGCCCGACUUCUACGUGCGAGCCCUCACCGACCUGCAGUUUGUCAAGAUCACCAGGGCCCAGUACCAGAACGGCCUGGUGGCGUCGCGUCUGGACAGCACGCCGCAGUCCCCGGAGAGCGGCCACAGCGGCGCGCCGUGCCUGGAUCAGACGCCGACACCCGGCGCCGCCGACGCCGCCGCCCUCACGUACCCGGGAGCCGACUCCACCCCGACGGAGAACGGGCCGGACGAAACCACGCUGCUCCUCCUCAACGAGCAGAACUCGCCGAAUGCAGCCAACCACCACAGCCAGCUGGACAACAGCGUCUGACUACACCACCCAACUACACCACCACCAACUACACCACCGUCUGCACGCAUGCACUACUGCGCCCAAAUGUAUGCUGAGGAACCGCAGCGUGUUUCUGUGUGUCUGUGUCUGUGUGUGUGUGUGUGUGUGUGUGUGUGUGUUUGGGUGUUAGUAGGAAUGAGACAAAAAGAGACAAGCCAUGUGCUUAUUGUGUAAAUAUGCAAAGGGUGAAACGCACACAUUGUGUUGUGGUAACAUUUCCAUUGUAAAGACUCAACACGCACCCACGGUGGUUCAUGGGCAGAGACGUGUGUGUGUGUGUGUGUGUGUGUGUGUGUGUGUGUGUGUGUGUGUGUGUGUGUGUGUGUGUGUGUGUGGUUGCACGCCCUCCUUAACGCAUUAACUGAUCUGAAGGACCUGCCCGUUGUGGACCAAGAAGUGAAGAACUAGCAACCCCCCCCCCCCCCCACCCGUGCGUGUGUGUUUUUAACUAUACGUACGUGUGUGUGUGUGUGUUGCUUCCUGUUUACUCAAUCAGAGAUACAGGGAGACUCUGCCCUCCUCCAAGCGCCCCCCCCCCCUCCUUUGUACUUGCACGCGUAAACCAAAAGCCCCCCCCACCAGGACCCCCCCCCUCCCCAUACAUCCGUACAGCUAGGAGACAAAGACGACACCAGCGUGUCACAGUCCAAAUCAAAGUAAUAACAAAGUAAUAUAUGUUCUUCAGAAGUCUAGUGAGAUAUUUAUUGGUGGAUUCUGUGCAACGGCGACAAAAGACCUUCACUAUAUUGUUGUUGUUUCCCUUCUCGAGGUGAGUCGCUAGGAGCCCCCCCCCCCCCCCCGGCC